GCCCGGCUCAGCCGCCGUGACCAGGCCUCUGCGCAUGUGCGGGGUGAAACGGGAGGAAGGUGAAGAUGGCGGCGGCCAGGGCUGGGGUCUUGGGAGUCCGAUGUCUCCAAAGGGCAGUCCGGAACGUGGUGCCGUUGGGGGCACGGACAGCCUCCCACAUUACGAAGGACAUGCUCCCAGGGCCUUAUCCCAAGACCCCCGAAGAACGGGCCGCCGCCGCCAAGAAAUACAAUAUGCGAGUGGAGGACUACGAGCCCUACCCGGAUGAUGGCAUGGGGUAUGGCGAUUACCCGAAGCUCCCUGAUCACUCACAGCAUGAGAGGGACCCCUGGUAUGAGUGGGACCAUCCAGAACUGAGGUUGAACUGGGGUGAACCGAUGCACUGGGACCUAGACAUGUAUAUCAGAAACCGUGUUGACACGUCCCCCACGCCUCUUUCUUGGAAUGUCAUGUGUAAGCACCUCUUCGGCUUCGUGGCCUUCAUGCUGUUCAUGUUUUGGGUGGGUGACACUUACCCCUCCUACCAGCCUGUGGGGCCAAAGCAGUAUCCUUACAAUAAUUUGUACCUGGAACGAGGCGGCGAUCCCACCAAAGAACCUGAGCCGGUGGUUCACUAUGAGAUUUGAGGAGACUUCGUGGGCUUUGUGCCCCCUAACUGUCUCCCUCAUUCCUAGAGAUUUAACCUUAAUGAAAUCCCUAAUAAAACUAGUGCUGCGGUAUCUGUGCCUCAUUUCCCCAGGAACAGCCACCGCUGUGAGGAAUCUCA